GAACUCCAAUACAUUUCAAUACCACAUCUUGAAUCAUUUUCAGAUACACAAUUCAGGUAUAUAUAUAAGCCAUGUCAAAGACAGUUUGCGUGACGGGAGCCAGCGGAGCCAUCGGAUCAUGGGUUGUCCGCCUCCUCCUCGAACGCGGCCACACCGUCCACGCCACCAUCCAAGAUCUCGAGGAUGAGAACGAGACGAAACAUUUGGAAGCCAUGGAAGGAGCAGAAAGUCGUCUCCGAUUCUUCGAAAUGGAUCUUCUAAACAGCGAUUCCAUCGCCGCUGCCGUGAAAGGUUGUGCCGGAGUUAUUCAUCUUGCAUGUCCAAACAUUAUUGGUGAAGUCAAAGAUCCGGAGAAGCAGAUUUUGGAACCGGCAAUUCAGGGAACGGUGAACGUGUUGAAGGUGGCCAAGGAAGCUGGAGUGGAGCGUGUGGUGGCGACGUCGUCGAUCUCCGCCAUCAUACCGAGUCCUAAUUGGCCGGCAGAUAAGGUUAAGGGAGAGGACUGUUGGACUGAUCUUGACUAUUGUAAGGAAAAGAAGUUAUACUACCCCAUAGCAAAGACAUUAGCAGAAAAAGCUGGUUGGGAUUUUGCUAAGGAGACAGGUUUCGAUGUGGUAAUGAUUAAUCCUGGGACAGCUUUGGGCCCUUUGAUUCCACCAAGAAUUAAUUCAAGCAUGGCUGUUCUUGCUGGUGUUCUCAAAGGUGACAAAGAAACAUAUGAGGACUUCUUCAUGGGAAUGGCCCAUUUUAAAGACAUAGCAUUGGCACAUAUUUUGGCAUUUGAACAAAAGAAAGCCUCUGGAAGACAUUUGUGUGUGGAAGCUAUUCGUCAUUAUGGUGAUUUUGUGGCAUUGGUUGCGGAGUUAUACCCUGAAUACAAUGUAGCAACGUUGCCAAAGGAUACAAACCCUGGAUUGUUGAGAGCAAAGAAUGCAUCAAAGAAGUUGAUUGAUUUAGGUUUAGAGUUCACUCCAGCUGAACAAAUUAUCAAGGAUGCUGUUGAGUCUUUGAAGAGUAGAGGUUUUGUAUAACUUCUCCAACGUUGUACAAACCUAUCGUGACUGAAUAAGUUGUGGCAUGUCAUGGUGCUUUUCUUAUUGAUCAUGUGAUUCCUUUUUCUGUUUUUAAGUUUAUGUUGUGUGCUUAUAAGUAUCAUGUUUAAUAAGUGUACACAUGUAUCUAGUCAAUAUAGUUAUCAAAAUUGACUAGAAUUGUUGUAUGUGAAUUCUUGAGGUUUUGUAAGAUUUGAAGAUUUAAUCUCCAAUUAAUAAAUGGAAAA